UUGUCUCCCCAUUAUACCUACGAUAUGCACAUGUGGUUGAUAUUAAAAGUUAAAUUACGAUAAACUUAUUGCUAAUCUGUGUGUGGGAGAAAACUCCGACUCUUAAUCUAUGUGUGUUUAAAAAGAGAUGGAUACUCCAUCUUUCACAGAAAAUCUGAAGAACGCAGAACAGUUUAAACUGUCAGGGAACGAUGCUUUCAAGUCUAUGGACUAUCGUAAGGCUAUUGGAUGUUACCACCGAGCACUUUUGUACUUAAAGGCUAUCUCUGCAAAGAAAAGUCCAUUUUCUGAGUUGAUGUCUCAAAAUUCUACCAGCAGAGUACCAGAUGAUAUCUUGAAGAAGACCGAAAUUCUUACGAGUGACUGCUAUAAUAACCUUGCAGCUUCCUUAUUAGCCUCUUCAGAUCCAAAAAAUGAAAAGGUGAUUGAGUACUGUAAAAAAUCCCUUGCCAUCAAUCCAGACAACCUGAAGGCUGUUUUUCGAAUGGGAACAGCUUUGGCAAACUUGGGGCAGUAUGAAAAAGCCAAGGAAGUUCUGACCAGUCAUAAAGCUUAUGGAAGAGAAAAGAAAAUUGUACAGCUUUUGGUUCAAGUGGAGAAGAAAAUAAAAGAAGGAGAUGAAAACUCUAAAAAAUUAUACCAGAGGAUGUUUCAGUCUAAAUCAACAAGACCAUUAAGCCACACAGAACAAAUUAAAGAACAUUUUCCACAGGAUCCUCAGAAACUCCCAAAAGCGGAUUCGCAAGUUUUGGAAGAAGAGGGGUGUAGUGCAGAACAGACCAGAGGCCAGACGACUGAAAAGAAUAGGGGUGACAUUGACAAAGACAGCUCCCUCGUGUCUGAGUGCUUUAAAGAGCAGCCUGACAACAUCAGUGAUCUUGGAAGUAAAGCAGAAUCAUUGUGAGAAAAGCUGUGUGCCAUGAUCACCAAUAAUGUUACAACAGCUUAAAAAUUUCUAUUCAUUUAUUUAUUUAUCCAAUUGUUUACCUAAUAUGGAAUAAUUCUUUUAUUUUGUUAUAUGCGUGUAAGUUUUAUCACUUUGACAGGCUUUUGCUUUUCAAGUGAAAAUGGACUAUUUAAUUUCAUAAAAUAAAAACUGAUUAGUCAUAAUUUGAUGAGUGAGAAUGAAUAAUAUAAGUGAGGAGCAUGCAUCUGUGUAUUAGGUCAAACCCCCACAUUGUUUUUUUAAUGAGAUCCUCUUAGAGAUACAUAGACUUCUAUUACAUUUUUAUAUGUGAAAACGUGGCUUGUAUAAAAAAAAAAGAAGUGCGAUCUUUCAAGGACAGGCCAGAUAAAAGUAUUGCAUUACUUCGAAUGACCCCAUAUAAAAAGGCCUAUUAUUCACAUUAAUAGCAUAACAGGUCAUGUGUCAGCAAAUAUUUAUAAAAUUACUUGCGGUAUUUCACAGGUCCAUUGAACAGUUAUAAAGAACUCAGUACCAGAGAUAACAGCUCUAAAGAGAAAUCAGAGGAAAUUUUAGAGUGAGUAGAUGAUUUUACAUGCUCCCAUGAUUGAAAAAAAAAAAACGCGAAAACGCUUGCUGUCAGCAGAAAAGCAUAUUCUUUCGUCGGCUCUGCACAUUGCAAAAGCUAGCCGAUGUGACGAGCUGAGGUUAUUAUACCUGCGUGUCUGUGCUACCCACUGUACAUCAGCUUACUAACACCAGGCACAUGACGGACCAGCGGUCUGUCGGGAACCUUCAGACUACAGCAGAUUGUUCAAACUAAUAUUUGGCUAGAUUAUGACCAGCUCCCGCACAGCUUUGAUGUCCACACCCUGUAGAAACGUAUAAUUGAUCGCCUUUCGAGGGAACAACCAAAGACUACAACACAACCUUGUCGUCAGCUUGUGCACCAGUGGCAUCACCUGCAGCUGGCGCUGAGCUGCUUGCGUCAAUGGCCACGCAAUCGCACCGAAGGACAUCCAUUUGUUGCUGAGUCAUGGGCUGCUUGAGUCGUCAUGACGCCUCUUUGUUCAGCUGUCGUGAUGCACCUAAUUGUGUUCUUGGACUCCCCCUCUUCAGUCUGUUGACUGGCAGAGGUGGUAGGAGGGCACACGCACACACCUAUAAAUGCACAGUGCAUACAGACACACCCGUACCCCUACAUUGAUCCUUGUCGCAGCUGAGUACUGAAACGCACCGCAGGCAGAUUACAGAUUUUUUUUUAUUCCUGGCAUGCAUUCAUUCUCACUUCUAAAGAUUGUCAGCUGUCAAGAUCAGUCCAAUGUGCUCACAUCUGAUUUGGCGGAGAUUACACAGCUUUUUCGUGUAUUUGGUUUAGUUUUUGUUAUUAUUAACACAAAAAAUCGCCGUGUGUGUAUAUGUGUGUAUAUAUAUAUAUGAAGCAUUAAAUUUGUAUGGGGUGGAAAUUUUUACACGUAAUUUUAUUAUUAUGAUAAAUGUUUAAGAACGACUUACACUAUCAAGAGAUGUCUAUGAGAGUAUGCAUGGUCACCCAUUUCCGCAAAACUUAAAGAAGGGCUUAGUCAUUCCAUGGCCUUAAUUGUACCGACUGUCACAAAAACUGCAGUAGCAAUCUUUUCUGUCAUAAUAAUCCCCGUAAAGAUGUAAGGGAGUUUCGGAAGUGCAGGUCAGGAGGUCGUAUUCAGGGAGAUCUUAGUGCACUGGACCACAUGUCACCAUUUUUGUGAAAAAUUCGUCAAAAACGAAAACUACGUUCAACGUUCUCUAUAGCACUUCAAAGUGUCACUCGCUGUACACAACGAUGUAAUAAAAAAAAAAGUGUUUGAAAAAA